AUGUCUACCUCUGCAACCUCCCUAGCCCUUCCAUUUCUCCCAACCAAAACCACUCUCUCCUCCCCACAAUGUUUCUCUUCACCCUCUUCCUUCUCACUCAACACUACUUUCAAACCGUUUUCCUCUGUCUCUCUUCGUUCGACGCUGUCUCUGAGUAACCGUUUUGUUUCCCGUGUUGCUGUUUCGUCUUUUGACCAGGAAGAGGAUACCUUCGAGGACGGAGAUACUCGUAGCUACUCUGCUAACCAGAGGCUGUUUGUCGGGAACCUUCCGUUCAGUGUUGACAGUGCGCAACUCGCGGAGAUUUUUGAAAGUGCGGGGAGUGUUGAGAUGGUUGAGGUGAUUUAUGAUAAAACUACCGGGAGAAGCAGGGGAUUUGGUUUUGUGACUAUGUCUUCCGCUGCCGAAGUUGAAGCUGCUGCUCAGCAGUUCAAUGGUUAUCUAGUGGAUGGAAGAGAAUUGAGAGUUAAUUCUGGACCACCUCCUCCUCCUCGUGACAAUCCUCGUUUUGGUGACAAUCCUCGUUUUGGUGCCAAUCCUCGUUUUGGUGGUGAAAAUUCUCGUUUUGGUGACAGUUCUCGUUCUAGAGGUCCUCCAAGAGGUGGUUCUGAUAGCGAACACCGUGUGCACGUGGGUAAUCUUGCUUGGGGAGUUGACAACGGGUCACUUGAGGCAUUGUUCCAAGAACAAGGAAGUGUUAUAGAAGCAAAGGUAAUCUAUGAUAGGGAUAGUGGAAGAUCUAGAGGCUUUGGAUUUGUGACUCUCAGUAGUGCUGAAGAGGUCGAAAGGGCUAUUCAAUCCUUAGAUGGCGUGGACUUGAAUGGCAGAGCUAUACGGGUCUCACCCGCAGGUGCUAGACCAGCUCGUCAAUUUUGA